GGUGUCAUUCACCAACCAGGUGUUCUCUUUCCUGUUUCCCUUAGUUCCCCUCUGUCCCGCCCUAAAGUGGAUGUCCAUGACCCUGUCCCAGCCAGCCUGGCCCCAGGCAGCAGGAUGAGAGGGCUCCGAUGGCGCUACACCCAGCUGCCAACCCAACCAGAUGACCCACUGCCAGGAGAGAAUGAGGCUGAGGUUAUGGCCCAGGCCAUGCCAACAGCCCAGGGCCCAGGCAUUGAAGAGGCUUGGGUCCCCACCCUAGGAGAGAGCAAAGUCCUUCACGUGGAGGAGUUCAGGCAGCUUGUCCCACACUUUCCCCCUCGGUUCAUUGGCCACUCAUGGACGCUGGUUUACUGCACUGCAAGGGACGGUUUCAGCCUCAAGAAUUUGUAUCGGAGAAUGGAGGGCCAGAGCUCCCCUGUGCUCCUAGUCCUCAGGGAUAGGGAUGGCCAGAUAUUCGGUGCUUUCUCCUCGACGGCCAUCCGGGUCAGCAGCUGUUUUUACGGCACGGGAGAAACCUUCCUCUUCUCCUUCUCCCCCCAGCUGAAGGUGUUUAAGUGGACGGGCCGAAAUUCUUUCUUCAUCAAAGGAGACCAGGACUUGCUGGUAAUGGGCAGUGGCAGUGGACACUUUGGGCUGUGGCUGGAUGGGGAUCUGAACCACGGAGGCAGCCGCCCCUGCGCAACCUUCAACAAUGAAGUCCUGGCAAGGCAGGAAGAAUUCUUCCUGCAGGAAUUGGAGGCCUGGACGCUGAGCUGAGGUGCCCAGAACGGCUCAGGCCGCUCGGAACUCCUCACCACCUCCUUCCGGGGGGGACUGGUAGAGCAGAAGAGGGUUAGCUAUGUGAACAGCUGGGCCCUAUCAGAGGGCUCUUUGAACCGGGGCAAGCCUGUGGGGUACAGCAGUCCAUUCCAGCUGCAAAUGACUGUGCGUUGGAUAAACCUGCAUGGCACGCAGCUCCCCUCGGACCUCCCAAAUAAGCUGCCAACAAGGCCUACAGAAAAAGAGGAAGCCCGUUCCUGACAAAGGCUGCUGCACAGGAGGGCCCAGGGAACACGACCCCGUUGCUUCAUUUUUUUUCCUGGGACUUUAUCCUGGACACAAUAAAAGGGCACAUUUCAAGGCUGAUGCACUUCUCUGUCCCAAACCAGGCGAAGUACGAGUGCAGGAGUCAACUCCAGAAGGCGGCUUUGGUGGGUGGACCACAGACUUCCUUGGCAACCCAUCUAGCAGGGCCUGAGGACAGGAAGACUCCUCUUCAAAUCUGGCCUCAGCCACUUGCCAGCUGUGUGACCCUGGGCCAGUCACUUAACCCUGUUUGCCUCCGUUUCCACCUUUGUAAAAUGAACUGGAGAGGGAAAUGGCAAACCAUUCCAGGAUCUUUUCCAAGAAAACCCUGGACAGACCAUCCAAGUCUGUGUCAGAGGGAAACCAGUGCUCUAGAGUAAACCCUUUGCUGGGGAAAUAGCCUGCAGCAGAGAAGGAAGGGUCAAGAGGCAUCAGCACUGGGUGUUUUCACAUGCCAGGCCAAAUGAUACUACCAUGAGGAGGCUAAGAGAGGGGGGAGAAGACUAGAUUCAACAAGGACACCUACAAAGUGAUCCACUUGAAAUCUCCUUUGCUCUUGAGGUUAUAAGGAGAAGUUGCCAGCUUUCAGGGACAAGGACCAAAUUCUCUCUCCCCUAGCUAGUAACUGCUUUCCCCUCCUUGCAUCAUUAGAAGAUUUAUCCCUUUCCUUUCAUGGCAGUUUAAAAGAUUUAUCCCUCUAAAGUUGGGUCAGAGAAAUGGAGUAACACAGACACAGUAAAAUGAUAUCUCCAGAAGGCUCAAUAGAGGGAGAGCCAGGCCUAGAGACAGGAGGUCCUGGGUUCCAAUUGGGACUUGGGCACUUCCUAGCUGUGUGACCCUGGGCAAGUCACUUAAUUCCUAUUGCCUAGACCUUACUGCUCUUCUGCCUUAGAACCCAUAUACUGUAUUGAUUCUAAGGUGGAAGGUAAAGGUUUAAAAAAAUGCCAUCUUCAUUCACAGGACAACUAGGCUGAUGAGAGGAUGAUUAUAUGGUGGUCAAGAUGAAACAUGUUUCUCAUUCAAUUUAAAACAAUAUUGGUUAAAACAUGAGUCAAAUCUCCAAUGGAGGAUGACAUAACAGCAUGAAAUACACCUUGAGAGAGCAGGCAGUCUGGUUGGAGAUACAUUCAUAAGCUUUAUUGCAGUGUUUUCCACACUCAUCCCAGGUAUUGAUUUUUUAAAAAUGCAAUGAGAAUAUCCACUAAUUCCAGUGGCUGAGACACUGAAGGUAUUUGUAUACAAACAUCAAAGGUGUUUCCCAAGUAAAAUCUGAACUUGAUAGCCCAAGAAGGGAAGCAAGCAUCAUAAAAUAAAGUGCGGCAACCUUGAUAGGACAAAGAUGCAAACCUUAGAUCUUCUCCCCCUCCCUCCCCAGGGUGUGUGAGACAACAGUAGUGCUGUGGUAGAGAGUUCCAGAUUCAAAAACAGCGUUUUACAGAAAUAAGAUGAUCUUUGCUACUACAUCCCUGCCCCUGACUUUGGCUAUAUCAUCUUAAUAAAAAGCACGUAUACAGCAUAGUAAUUCCAAGAACUGGCAAUUUUUUGCCAAACCUCCCUCCAUCCCCAUCCCAUUUCCUGUUGCCACUGGACAAAGAAAGCAAUUCGUCCAAGGUCACCUAAGAAAUCAGUGUUGUGGAAUAGAUCAAGGAGGCCUGGAGAAAGAGGGGGUCCGGGGCUGCAAGUUCUCCUUCAUUGGCCAAGUCAAUUCUCUAUUCCCCAAGUCCUGUCCCCUGGCUCUUGAGAUAUAAUCCUGGACCCGCUUGGUGGCUGUCUCUAAACACUUCCAGUUUUUGCCUAGAAUCAGGAUCCUGGAGCGCUCACUAGCCUGGGGAAAGGAGGCUGCCCAUCCAGGCCUCUGGGGACAGGCUGCUGGAAGAGCAAGGCCAGGGGAUGACAUGGCACUGGGACCUCAAACGCUCUGUGUCUACUGCGUGUAAGGCCCUGUGUGAGGAACUGGGGGAGCUAGAAGGAGAAGUAAGACAUAGUGUCUGCUCUCCCAGACUUUUUAAUCUAGCAAGGGAGAAUAAAAAAUAAAACACGAUCAGGCAACAUGAGACAGCUACAGAUACCCUCCAAAAUAAGAAAAGGCAAAGAUGGUUUCAGAUGGGAUUGUGUGGAAACUUUUAAACCCCAGAGAAUAGUCUGGAAAUGUCUGGGGUCAAGCGCUUUGGGGAUGUGCUCCUCUUCUCCCCUACCCUCCAAGAGAAAACCUUGACUCUCACUAGGUGGAAGGCUAGGCUGACAUGCAUCUCUGCACAAAGAAGGAUAAGCUUCUUGGAGGGCUUGGAGGGCUUUUUGGACGUACACUCCUAUGGCGGGCACCCUGGGAAAAAGGAGAUCUGACCUCAGCCUGGGGCAGAAAGCCACCAAAGAAGCCACAAGGACAGCAGCAAAGUCUCGUCCUUUUGCCUGAAUAUCUGGCUGAAGUCUAUUUUGUGGAGGUAGCAGAAACUUAUUCCCCGGUCAGAGCAGAGCCUUGGAAAAGAGGCUUUCUACAGCAAGGCCUUCUUACAGUCUUGAUUACUCAGAAACAGAGGGAACGAAACCUGCUGAGAGAAGGAAUUUAUUCAGCUGAGAGUGGAGCCCUGAUCGAGGGGCAACUCUGCCCUCUGUGAGGGCCCUACUGGGGUCUGGACAAGGACGGCCCACACGGGGGUCUAGAAAGGCCUCUAUUCUGGCCACUGAGAUCAGGAGGAUUUGGAAUAACGUGCCUGGAGCCCUUGGGCUUUCUCCUUACAAAGUUUCUCCCAAGUUUCAACUGCAGAUAUGCCGUCCCUUAGUCCUACGGGAGGCUGGCAGGUGAGGUCUGGGCCGUGGCAGGCUGGGCUCGCUGCCUCUUAAAGACUCUGCUUUUGUAACCAGGGAUGGCCAAGACAGCUUCGGUUUCCCAUCCCAUAACCAAGAGGCAACACAUUGAAUCUAUAACAUCUAUUUCCCAUAUAUUUCGAAAAGACAAGUUUUCCCCCUACAGGAAUUGAGUGUAUAAAAAUAGUGCUUAAAAAAAUUUUUUUUUCACAUAAAGAAGAGUUGAAGAUACCAAGCCCAUUUUGAAGAAGUAAUAAAAAGGUUUAUGGCUUUU